GAUACAUGUUUCAAAUUUUGUUGCAAGUAAUUGGGAACUCAGAACCCUAACUCCUUCAAUAUGAGUAUCACCCAAUUCGCCAUGGUUGAAGAGUUGGCUUUUCUUGUGAAGGUCUGAAGGACAAUCUUCCUUGUAAGCAUCUAGUUCUUACAAUGGAAGAACGUUUAGUUAACUAUCUGCAGGCUGAGGACACAAGUUCAGAUGGGAUCUUGGAGUUGGAGCCGAUGAACUCUUACAACCGUCAUCUCUUGCAUCGCCUUGCUGAGAUAUUUGGGUUUGCACAUGAAUCUGCUGGUCAAGGAGAAUAUCGUCAUUUGAUUCUGGAGAGAUGUCCAGAUACAUCUAUACCUCCUAUCCUUGUUAGCGAUAUCCUAGGGAUGUAUGAUGAACCUCAAUCUUUGAGUGCAUCACACCAAAUAUUACGGAGAAAAGAAGCCUCUCCUGUCUCACAGACAAAUACAGCAUCCAUUCAGCAGACACAGGAGGAAAGAAAAGCGGCUUAUUUACUAGCUCGUGAGCGGAUUUUUCCUAUGAAUUUGGAAGAGGCAAAAGAACCUGAUCAACAAAAGCCACGGAGCGUGCCUGUGGUAACCCGCCAAUUGAUUGUGCAUGCCCUAGGUCAAAGAAUCAACACAAAGAAUCCGAAUGAGUUGGUUGAAGAGUUAGCUUUUCUCGUGAAGGACAAUCUUCCUUGUAAGCAUCUAGUUCUUACAAUGGAAGAUUUUUUAGUUAACUAUCUUCAGACUGAGGAGGACACAAGUUCAGAUGGGAUCUUGGAGUUGGAGCCAAUGAACUCUUACAACCGUCUUCUCUUACAUCGCCUUGCUGAGAUAUUUGGGUUUGCACAUGAAUCUGCUGGUGAAGGAGAAGAUCGUCAUUUGAUUCUGGAGAGAUGUCCAGAUACAUCUAUACCUCCUAUCCUUGUUAGCGAUAUCCUAGGGACAUAUGAUGAACCUCAAUCUUUGAUUGCAUCACACCAAAUAUUACGGAGAAAAGAAGCCUCUCCUGUCUCACAGACAAAUACAGCAUCCAUUCAGCAGACACUGGAGGAAAGAAAAACGGCUUAUUUACUUGCUCGUGAGCGGAUUUUUUCUAUGAAUUUGGCAGAGGCAAAAGAACCUGAAGAACAAAAGCCACGAAGCGUGCCUGUGGUAGCCCGCCGAAUGAUUGCGCAUGCACUAGGUCAAAGAAUCAACACAAAGAAUCCAAAUGAGUUGGUUAGUGAUAGUACGAAGGAUAGAGUGCUCACAGAUGAAUUAAAUCCUCAAGAUAACAAUAGUGAAAAGUCGUAUCCAACCAAAGAUUAUGAAGAGUCGUCACCACUGAGAAGACACAGCAGAACAAGAAACACCGGCAGUUCUACUUCUAAUGCAGCCUCACUCAAUAAAAGGAAUGAUCAAACACCAGUUAACAAAGAUUCACCACCAUUGUCUCGAGAUGGAAAACAAGGGGAAACUGUGAGCAAAGAGUACAUGAAAAAGGAGCACCUAGGAGCUGCAAAGAGAAUGUUUGCUCAUGCUUUGGGAGUACACUCUGGUAAGGAUAGUUCUGUUCCUAGAAGUAGAAAUGGAGAAAACAACAAGAAUUAGAACAGAAGGUUGUGUGAGAUCUUUAAAGCAAAAUGGUAAUUUAUUGCUCCGGAUGGACGUUGGCAGGUGCUUCCCAGGUUUCAAUCACAAUCAAGGAGAUGAGUAAUGAACAUGCUUUUACUCAAAAUUGUGAUGCAUUGAUUUGAGAAGAUUCAUGCAAAUUGCUUAGUUCUUUGGUUGUGUUGGAGUAACUUGACUAGCAGCCAAGUCAAAAGGCAUCUUGAACGAACAAUCCCGAGUCGUGUUUGGCUUUGGCCUCUUUUGUGGUUUGGAUGAAGCUGAGGGAGCAGGUUGUGUUCAUUUAAAUGUUGAUAUAAGACAUGCAGUACCAGUUUUUUUUAUAUAUAUAGGAAUUGAACUCAGUAGCCUGGAGUUGACAGUCGCAUACACCAACCACUUGUGCUAAACUCCGGUGGUUGCAGUAUCAGUUUCUUUCUAGUGUGUUUAUUUUAUUCUGUGAGUGAAUAUUGGAUUUCAUUGUGGAGAAGGGAGCAAAAGGUAUCUUGAAUGAACAGUCCUCAAUCGUGUUUGACUUGUUUCGAGGGCUGGAUGAAGCUGAGGGAACUGGUUGUGUUAUUUAAAUGUCGAUAUAAAAUAGGAAUCGAACUCUACCCCUAAAGUUUAUAAACACUCGCACACUUUGUGCACCAACCACUUGUGCUAAACUUCGGUGGUUGCAGUAUUAGUUUCAUUCUAGUGUGUUUAUUUUAUUUUGUGUGAAUAUUGGAUUUCAUUAUGGGAGAAAAAAGUACAUGACUUCCCUAUUCUAUCAAGGGCUGUAUUGUUAUAUAUACAAAAAUUUGUUCCUAA